AUGAUGAGGCAUCCACUCCUCCAAGUGGUGCUAUUACUGUUCAUCUGCGGUACUGUGGCCGGACCUGCGUAUGCCUGUAAUUAUGAUGAAAUCAAAAAGAAGAACAGUCCUCCUGUCGUUGUGGUGAGAGAAUUACCGAAGAAAGGAGAGGGCGCGUGGCAGACGUACACUGUGGCGACAUCUGAAGGUGAAAAUGAUAAAUGGGAACCACUGCGCAUCAAUGUAUCCUAUGAAAAUCUGAAAGAGGAUAAGUACUGUGUGAAAGAGAAACAAGAGCUCAAGCAUAUUUUGACUGGCCAAAUUGUUCAGUGUGCCAUCUAUGAAGUUAUAGACGAAAUAAAGAAAAAUACAAUCACCAACAAAAUUCUACCCGAGGCUAUAAAAUUACACACUGAUCGUCUCCUCGUUCAGCGGAUAAAAACACCUUGGAAAGUACCAGAUAUGAAGGAGCAUACUGUUUGUUCUCACUUCACAAGUCCAGGCGACCGUGCAUCUCAUGGUGUGCAAGACGCUGAUUUUCUGUUGUAUGUGGCUGCUGGUCCGAGAGAUGAUUUUGCGUCUGCGACCUGGGCCGUAACAUGUGCUAUUGAUGAUCAAACCAAACGCCCAGUGGUUGGUGCCAUGAAUAUUGAUCCAAGUAAGAUACACUUUACACGAGAAAAUGUUCGUUUUAUUGCACAUCAACUCGCACAUGCUCUUGGUUUUGACUACGAAAAUAUGAUGAAGGAAGUUCUCAAGAAUGGCGAAAAGAAAACACAAACAGUGGUCAAAUCUGCAAAAGUACUGGAAGAAGCAAGGGAGCAUUAUGGGUGUAAUGAUCUUCAAGAAGUUGAGUUGGAACGUACAGCUGUAGGGGAGCCAACAUCUCACUGGAAUCGACGCAACACAAAGGAUGAGUUGAUGAGUAUGGUUUCCACAGAUGGAAGUAUUGAGGGCAUUGGUUACUACACUGCACUGACAAUUGCUUCAUUUGAAGAUUUGGGAUUUUACAGAGGAAAUUUCAAGAUGGCUGAACCAAUGAGUUGGGGUUACAAGGCAAAUUGCAAGUUUCUCGAGGCUACUUGUAAAGAGAAGGACAAGCCCGUAGCUGAUGGUAAUUCCUGCAGUCCGUACCCAGCAGGUUCCUGUACAUCUGAUCGCCUCGGUGUGGCAAAAUGUGUUGAACCCAAGAAUGGGAACCCUAGUUGUCCCAUCCUCAAGCUAAACACAGAGGUUUACUGUGACAUAACAUUUGGACUCCCUAAGAACUGGCCAGGGCUACAUGGAGAAUAUUCUUGGUGUUUGGAUUCUGAUGCUCUGACAUUUAAUGACGACAAGGGAAAAAGUGUGACCAUAAAUGGUAUGUGCGCGGCAGUGGAGUGCAGUGAUGAUGGUGUUGUUAAGGUACAACUUAAAAAGGAUGGUGAAUGGUACAAUUGCCCAAAGGAGGGGGUUGAAAGUAUUCCACUAAAUGGAACAGAGUAUUCCACGUACGUGGGUAAAAAUAUAAAGUGCCCCAAAUACGAUGAAGUGUGCACUGUGAGAUUGAAUGGAAGCAGUCGUCUCAGGCUCCAAGUGGAGGAACAGAAACAGAGCACACCAACAAACGAAGAGAAUGCUGUAAACGGCACAACUGACACCACUCCUUCAGAUCUCCCUUCGCCCACUGCGGUUUCAGAUACCCAGGGUCUGCCAACCAAUACAGAAGAUAGUGAUCAGAGAACUACAACCACACCAACUACUGCAGAACCGAAUAAUGCUCAUACCACAGGGAGCAGUACCACUGACUCUACAACACCAACUGCUACAGUAAAUAAUAAUGGUAAAACCACAGGGAGCAGUACUACUGACUCGACAACACCCCAGGUAUCCGUUGACCAGAAAAAUAACACCAUGAAUAUUGAAAUUGUCUCCUGGCCAGGUAAGGAUCAAAGCCAGGCUACAAAGGUUUACCCACCACUUGUACUACUUGUUCUCUUUGUUUUGACUCUGCUGAUAUCUUUUUGA